AUGUUUACAUUUCAGAAUGGAUUGAUAAUGAAGACUGUGUGCCAACAUGUCAGUUACUAUAUCUUCGCCAUUAUUUUUUCAUUGUGUCAAGCGAAUAACGAACUAAUAGGACCAGCAUUUCGUCUAGUACCACCAUUCAACGUCCAGUUUUCAAACGAUACUGGUGCAAAAAUCGAUUGUACUGCAUUUGGGAACCCUACGCCACAAGUGCAAUGGUACUUAGAGGAUGGAACGAGGGUGAUGACAAUACCAAAAAUCAGAGUGGUACAUCAGAACGGUAGCUUGAUAUUUCUUAGUUUUGGCCCAAGUUCUUACAUGCAUGAUGUACAUAGCGCACAAUACAGAUGUAAGGCUAGUAAUGCAGUUGGUCAAAUUAUUAGUGGAGCAGUUCAUAUUAAUGCUGUUAUGAAUCAAAACUAUGACGUCCAGGUUUAUGCCGAGUAUGUCAGUAUUGGAAAUACAGCGUUAUUACGAUGCCAUGUUUCUGCACAUGCUUCUAGCUACGUAAUGGUAACGUCGUGGACACAGGAUGAUAUAAUUCACUUUUAUCCUAAUGUUGAUUCUGGUGGAAAAUAUCUUGUACUAGGAAAUGGUGAUUUAUACAUUAACGAUGUUGAUUCUAGCGAUGGAUUUAAAAGUUAUACUUGUAGAACUGUCCAUAAGUUAACUGGUGAAACCAAGGCUAGUUCUUUUCCUGGACAUAUCACUGUGAAUGACCCUACUGGAAGUCAACGACCAAGAGUUGUUGUGGAAACCGAUAGUAGAAAACAGGUUAAAGUGGGAGACGACCUUAUACUAUCUUGUUUAUCUCAAGGAUUUCCUAUACCAACUUAUAGAUGGUAUAAGGAAAUUGGAGACGUACUUAAAGCCUUAGCGCAUGAUCCCCGUUUAUCAGUACCCAUUCCUGGCCUUCUUAAAAUCGAAAAAAUUCGUUUAGACGAUGAUGGGAAAUAUGUUUGCAAAUCAAAUAAUAGCGUGGGUGAAGAAACAGUUCGUCAUAGCGUGCUUGUCACUGAGCCCCUUUCAGUUAACAUACUGCCUCAAAAAGUAGUUGGUUCUUCACUCUUAGAUCCUGCAAAGUCUGUCCAGUUUGUAUGUACAGUCAAUGGCCAUCCAAUCAACAGAAUUAUGUGGUAUAAAAAUGGACAACCCUUAAUGCAACUAAAUGGGAGAAUACGUUUCACAUCAUCACUUCAUAAGCAAACAUUGAUGUUAUCUCCCUUGAAUAAAGAUGAUCAAGGAAUGUAUCAAUGUUUUGGAACUAAUGAUUGGGAUAUGGCUCAUGAUAACACCCAAUUGCUUCUUGGAGAUAUUGGACCUGAACUUGUUUAUUGGUUUACCGAGCAAACUUUACAACCAGGGCCAUCUUUAUCAUUAAAAUGUGUAGCAUCAGGAAAUCCUCUUCCACAGUUUACUUGGACUUUAGAUGGAUUUCCUAUACCAGAAUCGAAUAGAAUUUUGGUGGGCCAAUAUGUGACUGCACAUGAUGAUGUUAUCGCUCAUGCCAACAUAUCUUCAUUGAAAGUCGAAGAUGGUGGAGAGUACACGUGUACAGCACAUAAUGAAAUUGCACAUGUUUCACAUUCUUCUAGGAUAAAUGUUUAUGGAGUUCCUUUCGUUAGGGAAAUGCCUAGUGUUCAUGUUGUAGCCGGAAAACAACUUAUAGUUAAGUGUCCUGUAGCAGGUUAUCCGAUUGAAUCAAUUAAUUGGGAACGGGAUGGAUUAACAUUACCAGUUAAUCUUCGUCAAAAAGUCCACAGUAAUGGAACUCUUACAAUAGAACAAGUUCAACGACAAACGGAUGCUGGUACUUAUACUUGUCAAGCAAAAAAUCACCAUGGUCAUUCUUCUAGAAGAGAUGUGGAAAUUCAAGUCUUAAUUCGACCGAAAAUUUUACCAAUUCCUCCCAUGACAAACCUUUUAGCUGAAGGUAUGCGUGCAGCAAUUUCAUGUCAGAUUGUAGAAGGUGACCUUCCUGUAAUGUUUACUUGGACAAAAGACAGUGAUGGUGUAAACAAUGGCUUAGGAGUGGGAACCGUUACAAGAAAUCAUGAUGAGUAUUCGUCAUCGUUAAUUAUAGAGCGUAUCACUGCUGAACAUGCAGGAAACUAUACGUGUAUAGCAACAAAUUCAGCAGGAGAAGAGAAAUUUACCGUACCACUAACAGUAAACGUUCCUCCAAAAUGGAUCGUUGAACCUGAAGACACAAAUGUGGUCAUGGGCUAUACGUGCAUGUUACAUUGUCAGGCAGAAGGUUAUCCUACACCGACGGUAGUUUGGAGGAAAUCAUUUGGCGAUUCCAUAGGAGAAUAUAAGGACUUUUUAUAUGAGCCCAAUGUAAAUUUCUUUAGAAACGGAACUUUGGAGUUUUUGCAUACUAGUAAAGCUAAUGAGGGGAAGUAUAUGUGCGAGGCCAAAAACGACAUUAGUCCUGGAUUGAGCAAAGUCAUACAAUUAAAAAUAAAUGCUCCAGUGAAAUUUAUACAAAAAACUAAACAAAUUCGGGUUAAACUUAAUGAUGAUGCUCAUAUACAAUGUAUUGCUGUAGGAGAUAAACCAUUACAAAUAUCUUGGAAGGGAACCACUAAUAUGCAAAUUUCAAAGGAUAUAGAUCGAAGGUUUACUAUAAGAGAACAAUCUAAAGACAAUGGAAUAAUGUCAGAGCUUGGAAUAUCACCUGUAUAUAGACACGAUACAGGUUUUUUUAAAUGUACCGGGAGUAAUAAUUUCGGAGAAGAUGAGAAUUCGAUUGAACUGAUAGUGCAGGAGACACCGGAAAGUCCAAAAGAUAUUAGAAUUUUGAAUCAACAGAGCCGGUCAAUGGAAAUAACAUGGAAUCAACCAUACGACGGAAACAGUGUUAUAUUAAAUUAUAUAGUCCAAUACAAAUUAGUUGCAUCUUUAUGGAUAACUGACCCUGCAAAAGUAAUUGUUGCUGGUACUCAAACCGUUACAACCGUCGAGGGAUUAACACCGGCAACGUCUUACCAUAUUCGAGUCAUUGCAGAAAAUGCCAUGGGAUUUAGUGAACCCAGUGACGAAGCACAAGCUUUUACACAAGAAGAAGUUCCCAGUAUGGCACCUCAAAAUAUUCGUGCUGAAGCUAAAAGCAAAACAGAACUUUUAAUUAUGUGGGAACCACCUCCGUCAGACUCUUGUAAUGGAAUUUUAAUUGGAUAUCACAUUGGAUACCUGCCGACGGAUGAUACACAAAAUCCUACUACACCAACGGUACCGCACAGUCGUUACAUUAUAAAAACUAUUAACAUAAAUUCUCAAUAUGGCGAAGACUUUGUCAUUAGUGGUCUAAUACCAUACACGACGUAUUCGAUUGUAGUACAAGCUUUUAAUAGCAGAGGAACUGGGCCGUUUUCGAAACCUAUUACAGUGCAGACUGACGAAGGAAUACCAACAAUGCCACCAGAAAAACCUACGUGUAGAUCUUUAACAUCACAAAGCAUUCAAGUAUCGUGGGAUUUACCUCUGCCAACGGGGCGCAAUGGUAAAAUACAAGGUUUCAAAGUAUCGUAUCAACCAGCAGAAGACUGGUAUGAAAAAAAUGAAUUUGAAACGAAAAUUACUACUAUCCAAUACACAACAAUCCAAGCUUUAUUGAAAUACACAAACUAUAGCAUAUCAGUAUUUGCAUUUACGAGUAAAGGAGAUGGAGUUCAAAGUGAUCCAAUUUACUGCAAAACUGAAGAAGAUACCCCUUCAGUACCAGCAGAUAUCAAAGCAGUCAUAAGCUCUAUAAAAACCAUUGUUGUAUCUUGGCUUCCACCAAUUCGUCCAAAUGGGAGACUGACUGGUUAUAUUUUAUACAUAUCAAUUUUAAGCGGUCAUAAAGAUUCGAAACCAAUAAAAAAAAUACUCAGCCCAUCUAUUGAGGUUUUUGAAGCAUCAAGAAUCAUUGAUAGUGCCAAAUACCAGUUUUGGGUCAAAGCAUUAACUAAAAUUGGGGAAGGCGAGAGCACUAGAACAAUAACUGUAAUCCCAACGAUUAAAAUCUCUGCUCAAAUAGUAUCAUUCAGUCAAGUUUUGAUUAUGCGAUGGAAGAAAAAUGUAACAUUAAGCUGUAAAAGAGUAGGUAUACCGUAUCCUCAACCAAUAUGGACAAAAGGUGGACGAUCAAUCAUUUCAAGUGGGAGAUAUCAGAUAAACAAAGAUGGGUCGUUGAUUAUACACGAUAUACAACACUCAGACAGAGGAAACUAUACGUGUGCCGUGGAGAAUACACACGGGAAAGAUGAAAUUUCAUACGCAGUUAACGUUAGAGUACCGCCGUCACCUCCAAAGUUAACUGUCUAUUUAGAAGAAACCGAUAGUUUACAACUGAAGUGGACGGAUACAGCUGAACCAGAUAUACCGAUAUUAGGUUACAUAAUCAAUUUUAAACGUGAACAUGGUGAUUGGGAAGAAAUCCAUAUUGAUGCAAAGACACAUUUUCAUAUAUUAGAAAAAUUACUUUGUGGCACAAGGUAUCAAUUGUAUAUUACUGCUUACAACAAAAUUGGAACGGGUCUACCAUGUGACAUUUUAACAUCAUAUACUAAAGGAUCGGUGCCUAUUCCACCUGAAUCACCAACUGAAGCAAUAACAUAUAAUAGCUCAACAGUGAGUGCCUGGUUUGAUCUGUGGGGAAGUGGAGGAUGUGAUAUAUUAUAUUAUACAAUUGAAUGGAAACAACCAAAAUCUGAUGAGUGGAUUUUAAGUGAUGGCAGUAAACCUGUAGCUCCAACAGAGCGUAUGUAUACUGUUGAAGGUCUUGAGCCGGCAACUAAAUAUCAAUUGAAAGUUAUUGCACACAAUAAUAUUGGGUCAUCGUAUGCAUUGUAUAACUUCACCACGCUCACUAUUGAUGGAGCGACUGUUAUACCGUUUGAUUUAUAUACUGAAAUAGCAACCGAAGAAGCUUCAGUAUUUACAUCAAUCACAACUGCCAUUUCCUUGAUAAUAGCUUUAGUUGUUGUAUCAUCAAUUGCAGCAUUUACAUACUAUUAUAAAGUAAUGAAACGCUCAGAUGAAGAAUCGGUUAGAGAUCAAAGCCAACGGAGCCGUGAUCAACGAUAUUCAGUCAGGGGACAAUCGCAACAAACCUUAAGUUGCGAUUCUGUAACAUUUAAAACUGAUUCAACUGAAUAUAUGGAUGAAAUUUGUCCGUAUGCUACGUUUGAACUUGCCAAACAACCACAAGGUGAAAGUACAUUUAGUGGUAAUAUUUACAGUGGUCCAUACCAUUCAGUUAGAGGUUCAUUUGUAUAUCAUCAACCAAAAGCAUCAACUUCCGAACCCUAUAAUUUUGUUCAAAGAAAAGAGCCAGAGUAUACAAAAGUCCGUCAAAAAGGAAGAAAACUUAGAGAUCCUCAUUCGGAAAGUCAAGAAUCAGACAAUUUAGGUAGUACAGAUUCUGAGGUAAAGCGGAUUCUAACUCUUCACCUACCUAUUUCAGAGUAUGACACUCAUGGUAGUGACUCUGACAAUGGUGAAGCAAGGCGAAAUCAAUCAGCAAGCCAAGAACUUGUUUCCUUUAGACACCGAAUGAGUAGAGAAGUGAGCAAUGAAGGCACCAGCUCUUCAUCAGAGACCUCUAUAGCCGAAGUUAGAAAACCCUCUGUAAUUCCUCCUCUACGGAAGCCUAAAUCAAAAAGCCAAAUAUUUACAAAAAGGUCACUGAAGAAUAACAAUGGGUUUUCAAGUCAUAAUGAUGAAAUUAAUUUUAGUGAGCGUUUAAAUCCUCCGGCUAGGUUUUCAGACUCUAGACCAAUGCGACAAAACGAGGGAAAUGAAUAUGAACGCCGCCCAAAAAUAUCAUCUCAUCAACGAAGAUCACCUAGAAGACUUACACAAGAGACUUCAUUCCAAAUAGAUGUCUAG